UCUCUCCCGCCCCUCCUCCUCCCUUUCCCACCCCUCGGAGUGGAGCUGCACAUGCGGCUGCUCCCUGUUCUGUCCCGCCCAGCCACCGUCGCUCAGGAACGGGUCCCUGAAGCCCCCAGCCGAUGGCAGGACAGUAACCGCCUGUCAGGGGUCGCAAAGGGCUGAGGCAGAGGCAGAGGCUCCCGGGCCUCAGAUAGUGGCCGUCUCUGGAGGCCAUGGGCUACCCUGAGGUAGAGCGCAGGGAACCCCUGCCUGCAGCAGCGCCAAGGGAGCGGGGCAGCCAGGGCUGCGGCUGUCGCGGGGCCCCUGCUCGGGCGGGCGAAGGGAACAGCUGCCGGCUCUUCCUGGGUUUCUUUGGCCUCUCGCUGGCCCUCCACCUGCUGACGCUGUGUUGCUACCUAGAGUUGCGGUCCGAAUUGCGGCGGGAACGGGGAACCGAGUCCCGCCUCAGCGGCCCGGGUGCUCCUGGCACCUCUGGCACCCUAAGCAGCCCUGGGAGCCUCGACCCCGUGGGUCCCAUCACCCGCCACCUCGGGCAGCCGUCCUUUCCGCAGCAGCCUUUGGAAGCGGGAGAAGAUCCACUCCCCCCUGACUCCCAGGACCGGCACCAGAUGGCCCUCCUGAAUUUCUUCUUUCCUGAUGAAAAGGCAUAUUCUGAAGAGGAAAGUAGGCGUGUUCGCCGCAAUAAAAGAAGCAAAAGUGGUGAAGGAGCAGAUGGUCCUGUUAAAAACAAGAAAAAGGGAAAGAAAGCAGGGCCCCCUGGGCCCAAUGGCCCCCCAGGACCUCCAGGACCUCCAGGACCCCAAGGACCCCCAGGGAUUCCAGGAAUUCCUGGGAUUCCAGGAACAACUGUUAUGGGACCACCUGGCCCUCCUGGCCCUCCUGGUCCUCAAGGACCCCCUGGCCUCCAAGGACCUUCUGGUGCUGCUGAUAAAACUGGAACUCGAGAAAACCAGCCAGCUGUGGUGCAUCUGCAGGGCCAAGGGUCUGCAAUUCAAGUCAAGAAUGAUCUUUCAGGUGGAGUGCUCAAUGACUGGUCUCGCAUCACUAUGAACCCCAAGGUGUUUAAGCUACAUCCCCGCAGCGGGGAGCUGGAGGUACUGGUGGACGGCACCUACUUCAUCUAUAGUCAGGUAGAAGUGUACUACAUCAACUUCACUGACUUUGCCAGCUACGAGGUGGUGGUGGAUGAGAAGCCCUUCCUGCAGUGCACCCGCAGCAUUGAGACAGGAAAGACCAACUACAACACUUGCUAUACUGCAGGCGUGUGCCUCCUCAAGGCCAGGCAGAAAAUUGCCGUGAAGAUGGUGCACGCCGACAUCUCUAUCAAUAUGAGCAAGCACACCACCUUCUUUGGGGCCAUCAGGCUGGGCGAAGCCCCUGCAUCCUAGAUUCUCCCUUUCCAUCCUGUCCCAUGCCCCUGCCCCAGGUUUGGGAGCCAGGACUUCCAGAACCUCUAAGUGCUGCUGUGGAGUGAGGUAUAUUGGCGUUGCAGCCACAGAGAGAGAUGCCCCAGUGCUAUUUAUUCCCCAGUGACUCCAGGAUGACAAGGCCGGUGCGACUUCCCACAAUGACCUUGAGUUGCCAGGACAGUUGAUGGAGCCCCAGGGUUUUCAAGAAGCAGAACCUCCUUAGGCUCCCUGCUGGCUGGCGUAUGGUGACUCCUCAACCCCUAGGUCCCUCCGCAGAUGCAUCAUUUGUUGCACUAAACUGAAGAUCCAAGACAGUAGGCCACAAAAAGCAAAGGUGCACUCCAGAUUCUAGGGGUGACCCUCUGACUCCAAGGGGGCUGCUGCUUCUCUCUUGGCUAGGGGUGGCAUCAGGUUGCAACUUAAGGAGAGGAUCAGGUCAGAAGAAGGCAAGUGCCUGUGUCAGAGACCCGGGCAAUUAGCUGCCAAGCAAGCAUCCUUGGCAGAGGAGGCAUUCUUGCUGUAUUGCACUAUGACCUACAAGAGGCUCAAACAGCUCUUCCCACUCAGGCUGCGAGGUACACUGUGGCAGCUUGCUGGACUCCAGAGCUGGGAACUUUGCUCUACCUUGGAAUCAUUGCAGGCAUGGCCACACCCCUGCCUAUGUAAGAGCCCGAUACUCGGGGCUGCGCAUGUCUCACUUUGUUUACAGCUCUGCUCCACUCUCCGAAAACUACCUGGAGUCUUCCCACCUGCCACCCUCCCCACUGACUAGAAGUCCUAUCUUCUCUCUCCACAGUGCCUACCUCUGUCUGAGACAGGUGCCUCGUGUGGGACCCAUCUCUCCUGAGUCUGGUGUAUUCUUUAAAUGACCUGGGCACAAAGAAUUUUCCUUUGAUUAAGCAAUACAAUUAUGCAUCCAAUUCUAACCAAAUUGUGUCUGAGAGCAGAUGGUUAAACUGGAUAACCUCCAAAGGCCCUUAGAGUUUGAAUAUCUGUGGCUCUCGAAAGUUACCACUACUAAAUUCCCAAAGCCCAGACUCCCUUGGACAUUAGCAAAGCAGGGCUUUUCUACCUGGCCCAGAAAGGGGGAGAAGUAGGAAUUGGAAAGCAGGGAGAUUUGUUCAUGUUCAUUGCAACCUCAGUAAUCAGUCAGUCAAUCCGAGUGAUCAUUAGGUCAGUGACCGUUAGGUUAGGUCUCAUCUGAAAGAGCAGCAGCUGAUGGCCCACUAGCCCAGUCUUCCUUCAGAAGCAGAUUACUGUCACCAUAGAGGUCUGUGCUGCUCUCCUAGAGACAGCCUCCACAGAAACCUGAAUGACUAUUGGGCAGGGCUCUGACCCCUAGUUCAGCUCCAAAGGCACCUCCACCAGUUUUCCGGCAUGGUCCUACACUGGGAUUAUUCACACACUUUCUUUCCUAUUGCCUGGCCUCAGAGUGUCGGGUGCAGCCCAAAGCAGGGAGGGUCAGCCUUGUCCAGCCUGCUCCUCAUGCUCCUGAAAUGUAUUUCUUUCUGAAGAGAUGGAAAAUGCAUCCCUGAAUGUCAUUAAGAACAACAGGUUUCUCAGGUGCGCCUCCAUUUCCAAGUAGCCACAUUGCUUGGUCCUUCAAGGGUCAGGGCAGGAGGUGGUCGGACUUUGUCUAAUGGCAGCCUUCCAACCAGAACUGAGGUAAACUUUAGACCUGCAUCUGACCCUGAAGGCCUUGAACAAUCAGCAGGGGCAGCAGGAACUACCAAACCGUCUGCUUAGUAUUUGAAGAUUACUUCCUCUUUUAUUAUUUUCUUUGAAGAACGCGGGGUAGAGAAUAUGAGAGUUAUAUUAUAUAGGUAAGGCUGGGGAGGUAAAGGGCUUUGACUAAGGUCUCACCCAGUGUAAGUCACAGAUUUGAGCCUUUAGUGAGGUCUGACUCCCAGGCUAGUCCCUUACCACAGCACUGUGUGGAAUUUGGGGUCCAGGAAGAACAAAUAAAGGCGAUUGUAUGGAACUGACAUCAUUGGGGGGUCCUAGGGAGAAACUUAACAAUCUUCAAUUUUCAUCACUUGAUGGUACUGCCUAUUUUCUUGGCUGCCAGGGGUUCUGUGGGAGAAGACUUGGGCGUUUUUUUUGGGAAUCAGCCCCAGUGAUCAACCUUAAGAGUUCUUGUCUUGAGAAGAAUCUUCCAUUCGAGCUCUGGGUCUCACAGAGCAGGUAGCCUUCAGGAUCUUUCACGCAUCUGAUAAAGCAGCAGCCAUCCGAUGGGGAGCUACCAUGGGGGGCAAGACUUCCAUUUCUAACCCUAGACACAAGUUCUGGGAGCCGUUCUGCUUCCUAUAGCUGAGUGUGACUCUUCUCUCCUUCUGCCAUAUUACAAAGACCUUGAUGUUGCCAGAGUCUCUCAAGAAUGGGGGGGGGCACCUGCUAAGACACUUCUAAAGCCCAUGGCUGGGAGGAAAUGAGUUUCCUAACUGUGCCCCUACAGGACCUGCCAACCCCAUCGCACUCUGUGCGUGCAGAUCAUAGGAGAAUUGGGCUGUUCAUCCUAACCCCUCACAAGGAGCCCUAGGAGAAGAGGGCUGGGGGGAGGAAAUUGUAGAGAGUGGGGAGGCCUACUGUGCUAUGGCCAUUGGCGAAGUGGUGCAGCAUUUACUGAUAGAAGAAUAGGGAUAGAGAUUUACAGUUGGAAUUGUUAGGAUGUAAAGUGACCCCAAAGCUAGCAGAGAGAACGGGACAUGUUUGAGUAAGCAGAUGACAGGUUUGAAGGAAAAUUGCAUGGCAGGAGCCUCUACCAGCUGCCUGAGCUUCAGAAGCCAAGUUGGCACAAAAGUGACUGCUGGAUGUUGUUUGGCUACUCGUUCCCUGGAAGAUGUAGCAUUUGCCUUAGCUGCCCCUUUAUCCAUCCUGAGCCAAAUCUCUGUAGCUUAGGAAACAAGAGCUAAGGACCCUAGAGGUAGGCGAGAACUUUGAUCCUCAUGUGAGUGCUUGUGUUUUAUGCAGCUUCUAGUAGAUGCAAACAGAUCUAGAGAAAUUUUGACCUAGAAAGGUUCUUAGUGGGACUACAGCCCAGCCUACAUCCCAUCCUGUUACUCGUGUGAAAAUGAUGCUCAGACAGGGAAAAUGGCCUGCCAGGGACAGUGAGCAGGUCCCACCUCCAGACACAGCAGUUCCCAUGGGGCCUCCUCUUUCAUACACCCACAGACUCAAGGCUAGAAGUGCUUGUCUCCUUUCAGGAGCCUGGCCAGGCAGGGAGUAGACCACAGUCUUCAUCGGAGCUCGCCUUCUCAUACACACUACCCCAAGGCAUUUGUGCAGCUCCUGCCUCUGGGCUGGAAGGCUCUGGACUGACUCAGAGCCAGGCAGUUUUUAGGCCUCCCUAGUGUUACCUGAGUUCCCACCCUUGCCUGGGGUCUCCCUAGGCCAUGUUCACCACAGAACCUGAUUUGUUUUUUUUUUAAUUCACUUCAGGGCUCUUUCUAGGAGGGGUGAGGUAUGUUUCUUUAUUCAAAAAGCUUCCAGCUGAGAUGGGGGUGAGGGAAAUUUGUUGUGAGAAUGGCCUGGAACAGGCCAAUGCUGCUUUGGGGAGUCAGCAUCCUGUGUGAGAUACUGUGUAUAUAAACUAUAUAUAAUGUAUAUAAAUAGGGAUGUAAGUUUGUGUAAAUUAACGGUUUAUUCUUUGCAAAUAAAGUGCUCCCCUCCCCACUCUUGAAA